AUGCUGGAUCUGGAAGUGGUUCCUGAGCGAUCACUUGGAAAUGAACUAUGGGAAUUCGCCCUAGGUAUGCCUUUGGCCCAGGCCAUCGCUAUUCUUCAGAAACACUGCCGCAUCAUUAAAAAUGUCCAGGUGCUAUACAGUGAACAGACACCACUCAGCCAUGACCUCAUACUGAACUUGACUCAGGAUGGUAUUAAACUGCUGUUUGAUGCCACAAAUCAAAGACUCAAGGUGAUUGAAGUUUAUGACCUUAGCAAAGUGAAAUUAAAAUACUGUGGGGUCCAUUUCAAUUCUCAAGCCAUUGCCCCUACUAUAGAACAAAUAGACCAGUCAUUUGGAGCAACCCACCCUGGCGUUUACAAUGCAGCCGAGCAGUUGUUUCAUCUCAACUUUCGAGGACUGUCAUUCUCCUUCCAACUCGACUUCUGGAAUGAGGCUCCAAAAUAUGAGAUUCCACAUGGUGCCAUGGUCAAGAGGAUGCACAUCUACACUGGCAACAACCUGCAAGAAACAAAAGCCCCAGCAAUGCCAUUGGCCUGUUUCCUCGGUAACAUCUAUGCAGAGUGUGUGGAAGUCCUGAGAGAAGGGACAGGACCAGUCGGGCUUAAGUUCCGUCUAUUUACUGCGGGUUGUGGUCCUGGUGUGAUGGGUGAUGCUAAAAUGAGGUCCUUAGAAAAAAGCAUCUACUUUGGAGAUUCCUGCCAGAAGGUGCUGGGCGCUCUAGGAUCACCACAUAAAGUAUUCUACAAGUCUGAGGACAAGAUGAAGAUACACUCCCCGUCACCUCACAAGCAAGUUCCCUCCAAAUGUAACGACUACUUCUUUAACUACUUCACACUUGGAGUGGAUAUCCUUUUUGACUCGACCACACAUCUGGUUAAGAAGUUUGUCCUCCAUACAAACUACCCAGGGCAUUAUAACUUCAACAUAUAUCAUCGGUGUUACUUCAAGAUUUCAAUUGCCACAAAAAAAGGAGGCGCUGACUCUCAGACAGAUGACUGCAUAUUAACCACUUACAGCAAGUGGGAUCAGAUUCAGGAACUGCUGGGCCACCCGAUGGAAAAACCCGUUGUGCUUCACAGGUCCUCAUCGGCCAAUAACACCAACCCCUUUGGUUCUACCUUUUGUUUUGGACUGCAGAGGAUGAUCUUUGAGGUGAUGCAGAAUAACCACAUAGCAUCAGUGACCCUGUAUGGUCCUCCACGGGCCACCAGUCAAGACCAGCCCGAGGCCGGUAGCAGCAGUGGCUCCCACUGA